AUGAAAACUACGAAAGAAUUGGCAAGGGAACUUGGACUUCUGAGGGAACGCACACUAUCAACAUCUGCUGGCAGCAAAAAGUCACGAUCUCCAAGUCAGCCGUUUGGAUAUCUUAUAGUUUUGGACUUUGAAUCCACCUGUUGGAAAGAGAAGAAAUUCCAAACACAGGAAAUCAUUGAGUUUCCAGCAGUGCUACUCAAUACAACUACAGGGGAUAUUGAAAGUGAGUUCCACUACUAUGUUCAGCCACAGGAGCAGCCUAUACUCAGUGAGUUCUGUCAGGAACUGACAGGCAUCACACAGGAACAGGUUGAUGAAGGAAUUCCUCUGAGAUUUUGCCUGAAAAAGUUCUCUAAGUGGUUAGAUGGCCUGUGUAAGGACAAGGGGAUAACAUUCUCACCUGUUGUGGGUCAACAGUCAAGAUUGAAGGCCACCACAUUUGUCACAUGGUCAGAUUGGGAUUUGGGUGUGUGUCUUUUCAAUGAAUGUAAAAGAAAGCAGCUGUUGAGGCCAGCACAACUUAACAGCUGGAUUGAUCUGAGAGCAACAUACAGGAAAUUCUAUAACCGACGGCCACAGGGUUUAAAUGGAGCUCUGCAGGACCUCGGUAUCACAUUUGAGGGGCGGGAACAUUCAGGUCUACAUGAUUCCCGUAACACUGCCCGACUGGCCUGGAGAAUGACUAGAGAUGGAUGUGUGUUGACCACCACCAAAACACUCAAGCUGAGUGAGGAGUCCAGUAGUAAAACAAGAAUUCCUAAAGCUCUGCCUGUUGACAGUAGUACAGCUGUGAGAAUGUCUCAGACUGAUGAACACCAUGUUGCAGUCAACAAGGCUUCGUCUGAUGUCCAAAACCUAAAAAGUCCAAGCAGAAGUCCAUGUCACAAGAAAAGGAAAACAGACACACUUUCGUCACCCACCAGGAAACCUAGCAACACUGCUCUGGGUUUUGUGGUAUUAAGUCCAAGGACUGCUAGAAGUAAAAUACCAGUAAGGUCACCAAAAGCUUCAGAUCAUAGAAACAUUUCAACCACAACGAAACUGUCCAUUGUGGAUCAGAUUUACAGAGAUCCUGGUGAUGAAAAUUCAACAGCGACUUGUUUAUCCAAACAAAAUGGUAAGAAAUCACUUACAGGCCUGAAAAGCAGAGACAACAAUAUCUUGUGUUGUACACGACAACUCAACCAGACAACAAAAAUUAACAGUACUUUCUUUAAAACUCCAAAAAACAUCAAAAUAACAGUCCCAAACAUAGAAGGGAAAGAUUCUUCUAAGCACCAGUCUAAAUCUGCAUCAUUCAGAAUUCCACUUCAGAUGGAGGAUCCUCAAUCCAGGACCAUGAACUCCUCUGUUUUCUCUGGAAAAUCAACAGGACAGGAAACCUUGACCUCAUUUACUAGUUAUGUUACGCCAACGAAUUCCUCCAUCAGAAAGUCAGACAACAGAAAAAGCGGUAUGAAGGAAACUCCCCCUCUAUGUCGCUGUGGUAAGCGAUCAAAGAGACGCAUGGCUCAAACACCAGGGCCUAACAUGGGCCGAUUUUUCUUCACCUGUGGUGCUGGGUCUCGCCCAAGUAAACCCCAGGAAAACAGAAAAGGUUGUGAAUACUUUAAGUGGGAAUCGGUAGUCAGGACAGACACAAAUAAUAGUUAUAACAGUUCUUUCCAAAGUGAUGGGAACAGAUCCGACACUGGCUUGCCAUUCAAACAGGUUGUACUGACAAGUGGAUUUUCACAACGAAAAAGUCUUGGUAUUAGAUCUACUGUCCUUAGACCACCAAUUAGGUAAGAUAUAGCAGGAAUG